AUGGCCGACUACGAGAAAACGCAGUACCAUCCCGCCUGCCAUUGGGUCGUCUGCAAAGGGUCCGAGAUACCGCGAAACGCGGUGGCCGGAGGUGACGACAAGGGAGGCGAGGUGACAUACGUGGGACGAGCCCUGCAUAAAGGCGAGCUUCUACCGGGAAAGGUGGUCCGCUCCCUGGGCGUCUGCUUCGUCUCGCACGGAGGGCUCGAGUACUGGUAUAGAGAGUACCAGGCGCUGGUCUGCAGGGGCGCGUCCCUGGCCUGGCGAGUGGCGUCCGACGGAGCCGUGCCCAGCGGAGCCAUCCAGGGCGGCGUGACCGCAUCGGGGGAGCCGCUCUACAUCGGCCGCGCCCACCACCAGGGCCUGCUGCUCAUUGGCAAGGUGCACCCGUCGCACAAAACCAUGUACGUCCCGUACAACAAAAAGGAGUACGGAUACGCCCAAUACGAAGUCCUGACGAUGAAGACGCUCAACCUGUGAGAUUAAGCGAAACGAGACCCAACCCGCAACGGGUCUACACAACGCUCUCGCAGCAGCCCGCAAGCGGUACAUCGCCGGAACAACGCGCUUCCAAGGGGCGUCGCACAUUUGCUAUUCGAACAAUUGUGCAAAUGUUCCUUGGAGCCGUGAAUAUUUAAAGGAAACAAACCUUCGUUCGACGAUCCAGUGCGUCAUCAUUGUGAAACUUAUUCUUUUAUUUUGGUUCGAGAGUGGUUUCGUAUUUGAACGCUUUUUUACAUAUAUA